AUGCAGCUUCGUCAGACCCUCCUCAGCUUCUACCGCUCACGGAUUGAGAACGUAAAGCCUGAAGCUCGCGGGCCCUCAGAGUCUCGCCCACCGCUCGCUCGUGCCGUAAGCUCUACGUCUUCAGACAAUGACCCAGACGCCAUGGUCAUUACGCCGAGGGUCAGCAGACAAUCACAACGACAGCUCCCUACGCCCUCCGAGAGUUCCCUUGACCUGUCCCUUCAAGAUGUCCCACUUGCGACCAUGAAACAGGUCCCGAAAGGUCGGGCCCGACGCGUCAGUCCUCGACUGAUGAAGACACGAAGUCACAAUGGGCUUCUGGAGGAUGCGGAAGAUGAGGACGCCAAAGGAAGGACCGUGAGCGGCGAAACCUUGGUCAACUUGGAGAACGCGAGUCAGUCGACACUGGUCAAGGAAGGCAUUGCCGCAUUGGACUUGCCGUGGAACGUGAGCGAGGUGUUCACCAAGCAGGGCAAAGAUGAUAUACUGGGAGAGAAGAACGGCGCAGCGGGCCGGUCUAGGGAAUUGACAGUGGGGACUCUGGAAGACGACGAUGAAGAGGACCAGCGGCUCCGAGCAGAGAAUGCGGCCGCGAGGAAGGCGAAAAUGGCCGAGAACAACAAAAUAUGGGAAAAACGCCGUAAAGUCGCACAGAAACUGGCUACCAGAAGAUCGUCCAGAAUGCCUGUCCUGGAGAAGGCGGGAGAGGUUAUGUCGACUAUUGCUAACAGCGUGCUUGGAAAGAGGAAGGAUAGGGCGUCCGAUUCGCGCAACGGAACACGAUCAAAAAGCUUGGGAGGGACAGAGCUGGCUGCCCCAGAACCUGUUCUGAAGAAGAGACGCGUCAGCGAGGGUGACGCUCCUAGGGAGGAGCUUGCCCAACCGACAGUGCCCGCUCGACGGCGGCGCGAAAAGAAAUGGCUGUCAUUCGGGCUCUACGCUGGUCAGCCGCGGGAAUUGGAUAUGCGUCCUUCCGGAAGCAAAAGCAGGCGCAAGAGCCUGGCUCCUCCCGAACCUGUCAAGGAAAACUCUGUCUUGCCUCUGCCAAUGUUUGCCGGCGAGCGUCUGUUGGACCAUGGUCGAGACUUCAAGCUGCCUUUCGACAUCUUUUCCCCUGUUCCUGCCGGUCAGCCGAAGCCUGACGAGUGGAGAAAAGUCAACAAAAACGUCUUUGUCGGCGACGCGGCACAAGCAUGGCGGGUGUCGAAGUAUGAGGAUUCCGCCUGUCUGUGCACGCCUGAGACGGGUUGCGACCAGAAUUGCAUGAACCGAUACAUGUACUAUGAAUGUGACCGCCAAAACUGUAAUUUGAAGGCGGAAGAGUGUGGGAACCGUGCAUUUGACAGUCUCCAGCAACGAGUUAAAAAGGGCGGCAAAUACAAUAUUGGCGUGGAGGUGAUCAAGACGGAAGACCGGGGAUAUGGCGUGCGAAGCAACCGCACGUUUGAACCUAAUCAGAUCAUCGUGGAGUACACGGGAGAGAUCAUCACCCAGGAGGAAUGUGAGCGCCGCAUGAAGACGAUGUAUAAGCAUAACGAGUGCUAUUAUUUGAUGCUCUUUGAUCAGAACAUGAUCAUUGAUGCUACUCGAGGAUCCAUUGCACGAUUCGUCAACCAUUCUUGCGAACCCAAUUGCAAGAUGGAAAAGUGGACAGUCAACGGCAAGCCCCGAAUGGCACUCUUUGCAGGCGACCGAGGAAUUAUGACCGGGGAAGAACUGACCUAUGACUAUAACUUCGAUCCUUAUUCACAGAAGAACGUUCAAGAAUGUCGCUGCGGGUCCCAGAAGUGCCGUGGAGUGUUGGGACCCAGAACCAAGGACGAGCGCAAACCCAAAAGCCCCGAAAAGGAGCCCAACAAGGGCCACAGGAAACUGGCAGGCGCAAAACGAAAGAUCGCGGAGGUUAUCGAAGAGAGCACCAGCCGAAUAACCAAGAAGACCAAGGUGGCGGUUGCACCAAAACGCAAGGUCUCGGGUCGCUCACAAUCCAGCAGCCCGGUCAAGGUGCGAAAGAUGAAGCUCAUCAAGAAAGCUGUCACGCGAAAGACCAGUGCCACCAUCGUGGGAGGCCUCGCCAGACGUCCCUCGAAACUCAGGACUCUUGUGGCGAGCGCCAAGAGCAAGGCAGCCAAGCAGCAAAGACGAGUUGUGUCGACGUCGUCUUCGACCGCUUUGAUUGCGAAGACGAGCCCAAAAAAGAUCCCGACUGCGCCCGUCAGCCGAUCAUCGAGCUUGCGGGAGAAGGCAUCCAGCGUCAAAAGUCGGGUCGUGAAGAGUGUUCGCACCACUCAGAGAGUAAGGACCAAAACUAUACGAGCGAUUGAGGCUGAAGAGGGGGCCGCAUGA